AUGGUAGUUCCUGAUCGACAAGAUAAUGACCAUAGAACUCGAGACUUGCGUGAUGAGGAAGAAAGGUAUAAAUUGACCUUCAUGGUCUUCAGAUACAUCUACCAUCAUUCUCAUCUAGUACCGCUCUAUCUAUCUCCCUCACCGACAAGACCUUUCCAAAUCACUCUACCUACCACUACCCAGAAACAUCACAAAAUGAAGUUCAUCCUCCUCUCCGCCCUCUCCCUCCUGGCCGUCUUCGCCACCGCCAAUCCCAUCGACGUCGAUGUCGGCGCGGUGGUCUCGGGCGCUGCAGACGCAGCUGCCAGUGUCGGUGCGGAUGUAGAUGCCGCUGUUGGUGAUAUUAUCUAA